AUGGAUAAGUUCAAAUUCAAGUACGAUAAUGUCGACGACGUCGCUAUUACGCUAUAUAUGACUCUACCUGUCUAUCGACGUUUCGGCCAUGCCUUCCUGAUGUGGAAGGUUAAACUCCAGAACAUCAUCCAGUACUCUAUAGAUGAUGGAGAGUGCCUACUUACAGAGGUAGAACUACGACGAAUUCACAGACGAUUCGGUCACCCAUCGGCACGCAAGUUCUACAAGGUACUCAAGCGUUCAGGACAUGACGAAGAUUUUGAGGCGAUCAAACAACUCACCAAGUUCUGCCAUCACUGCCAACUUCAUGGCAAGUCACCCGGCAGAUUCAAAUUCUCAUUACCUGACAAAGAUUACAACUUCAACCACUCCGUGCUGGUCGACGUACUUUACAUCGAUCGUGACCCAGAUAAACUGCGUGAAUGUUGGAUCGACACCUAUAUCGGUCCUCCAGAAUAUAUUGUUCACAACGCCGGCACCAACUUCAUAGCCAAGGAAUUCAAGCAGCAUGCGACCUCAAUGUCGAUUCAGACAAAGACCGUACCGGUUGAAGCCCACCAUUCUAUUGGUAAGGUUGAAAGAUUUCAUGCACCUUUACGAAGAUCACUCAAGAUCAUUCAGGAAGAAACUCAGGAUAUCGGUGUCAGCAAGGCCGCGAUGCUACAAAUGGCUGUUAAAGUUAUCAACGAUACCGCAGGACCAAAUGGAUUGGUACCAACACUCCUUGUCUUCGAGACUUGCAUUAUCGAACUACCUCGUGGACCAACAAGAUUCAGAUCUACAUCUGUUAAGCCGUAUUAUGAUGCGACUGAAGAAGAGAACAUCACUUUGCCAGAAUUUGGCACAGUUAUGUCGCCAGAAGAUCCAGAAGCACUACAGGGUCCACUACCGAACGCACUACAAGACGAUGAGGUACUCGACUCAAUCACAGUCAUACCACCAGAGGGCUAUACAUCCAACAAACCACCUCGCAGUAGUGCCCGAAAUGCUAGCGAUGUUGAUCAAUUCGAAUGCACUAGUCGAGACAUAUCAUCAUCUACACCUCAGAUUCGUGUCUUUAUGCAAGAACACACAGCACAGUACAUGACUGACUUACCUGAUCCAGUCAAAUAUAAGGAUUCCAGGAAGAAGGAGAUCGAGGGUUUGACGGAGAAAAGUGUGUUUGAAGUCGUGCCCAUAUUGGAUAUCCCCCCAGGUACACACAUAUUCAGAUCACGAUUUGUUGACGAAGUCAAGAAUGAAGGCACGAGUACUGAAUUCAGCAAGUCACGAUUGGUUAUUCAGGCAUAUAACGACGUUGAAAAGACUACCGUUUUGACACAAUCACCAAUUAUUCAACGAUCGUGUCAACGUAUAUUAGCAUCGCUAGCUGCCAGUACAAGAAAAGCAAGUGAUACAAGCGUGUACAUCCAAGACAUCACUCAGGCAUAUACUCAAUCAACAUCGAAUUUACACCGUACAUUCUAUGCUCACACUCCUGAAGAGAUGAAUUUACCAACCGGGAUGAUUCUACUAGUCAUAAAACCAUUGUAUAAUGUACCAAAGGCUGGAAAUCACUGGUUCAAGACCUAUCACACUCACCACUAUGAAAAGCUCAAGAUGCAGCAAUCAACGUAUGACCCCUGUCUCUUAUACACCAACAAUGAGGACACUGGAUUCGGUAUCGUAGGACUCCAGACAGAUGAUACACUCAUCGUCGACAACGAGAAAUUCAUUCAAGCCGAAGAAAAAGAGCUUAAGGAUGCCAAUUUCAUAGCUAAAGACCGCGAAGAACUUACUCAUGAUCAUCCACUAAAGUUCAAUGGUGUCACCCUCGCACUCCAAGAGGAUGACAUUUACCUUAAUCAGGAGAAGCAGUGCAUGAAUCUUCAAUCUGUCUCUGCAGAGUCUACAGAUAUUCAUGAUACCCGUGGUAAGGUUCGAAAGAACGCAUCUACACAUGAUCAAUAUGUUACACAACGAGCCCGAGGUGCAUACGUAGCAACUAUGUGUCAGCCCGAAGCAUCUUUCGACCUAUCAAUAGCAGCACAGACAACGAAGCCAGACAAAGACGACAUCACAGCGCUGAACAAGCGUAUCAAGUGGCAAAAAGAAAAUUCCUCCAGAGGACUGAACUAUGUUCCACUUGAUUUAGAUUCAUUCAAGAUCGUCGUCUUCGCCGAUGCUUCUUUUGCUAAUAAUAAGGACUAUUCGUCGCAAAUUGGCUAUGUAAUUGUAAUGAUGGACAAGCACAACAACGCCAAUACCAUACAUUGGUCAUCCAUCAAAUGCAAGAGAAUCACACACAGCGUCUUAGCAUCAGAGCUUUACGGGUUAGUUCAGGGAUUUGACAUCGAUGCUGCAAUCACAGCUACAGUCGGCGCCAUCCUGAAUCAGGAGACACCGCUGACUAUUUGCACUGAUUCAAAGUCAUUGUACAACUUACUCACGAAGCUAGGUACAACAAGUGAGAAGAGAUUGAUGAUCGAUAUCAUGGCACUUCGACAGUCUUACGAACGCAGGGAGAUUGUUGAGGUCAUAUGGAUCGACGGACCUACUAACCCAGCCGAUGCGAUGACAAAAGGGAAGCCAUGUCAAGCAUUAACUGAUCUCAUUAAUACGAAUAAGAUCAGCAUCAAGCCAAUGAAAUGGGUAGAGAGAGAGUAG